AUGCAAAUCUGGGAAAUGGAAUCCUUUCCUUGUGGGGAUCUUCGCCUCCCCCAUCAUAUAUUCCCCCCAAAAUUUAUUCAACAAACACAACUCACUGAAUUGGCUGGCGUUCACCUUUAUAAGGUAGAUAUGGAUGAUACUAUGGCUAUGAAGAAACGAUUAACACGUGUUCGUGAACAAUGGAAUGUUUCUGGAGCAGAUGUGGUUACUUUAAAUAAGGAUUUGGUUGAUUUGGAAUUGAAACUUUCUGAAAUGACAGAACCAACAGAAAGUGAUGAUUGUGUUUGUCUUGUACUUGAAGGUGAAAUGUACUACGAUAUUGAAUUUGACGAUGAAAAGUGGUUACGAAUUCAUUUACAGCGGGGUGAUUUAAUUAUUGUGCCGAAAGGAAUUUUUUAUCGUUCAACUGUGACACCAACGAAUUAUGUAAAGAUUCAACGUUUUAAUAAACUACGCCAAACAAGUAAUGGCUAA